AUGCUUAUUUUUAAUCUUAUUAUAUUUAUAUGUUUAGCUAAUUAUAUAUUAGCAGAUAUUUUAUUAGCUCCAUUUAAUAAUUCUCAGGGUAAAAUUCCUUUAUCAUUACAAGACAAAGAGUUAUAUAUAAGAUUCUGGGAAUAUUAUGAGGAUGAAAAAAAUUAUGAUAAUGAAGAUGUCUGUUUAAUUAUUGGACACAAAUUACAAUGUAAUGUUAAAAUUUGUAAUAAUAUACAUUAUAAUAAUUAUAUGAAAGUAUGUAAUUCGUCAUUUGGAUUAGAACCAAUAUUAAAUAUAAGUAUCCCAUCUUUUAUUAACAAAUAUAAUGGUAUUCCUAGAGUUUUUACUAUCGAUAAAGAAAAAAUUUCUUUAUUUAAUUCUAUACAUAAAAAUUUAACUAUUUGUAGAUGCCCAAUAAUAUCAAAUAUAAAUGAAAUAAGUCCACCUAUAAGUAAACCUAGUAAUGGAUGGGAAUUAAACAUAGAUGAGACUAGUGAUGAUUUAUUUAUUCCAAAAAUUGGAAUUGAAAAUAGAUUUAUUGUUGAUACAAGGGUAUUAGUAGAUCCUGGAUGGAAUUUAGAAUUUACUUUGGAAGGAUCUAAGAAGCAAGGCUUCACAUUACAUUCUCUUGUAUCUUUAAAAAAAGAUCCGAAUUGUCUUGGAUUUCCAGAAUAUAAUUCAUUAUAUAUAAUGACACCUAUUCAAAUAAUGGAUUAUAUUAAUGUUGAUCAUUUAAUAUUUUUAUUUAAAUGGGAAGUAAAGAGACUUAAUGAUUCAAAUAUAUUUGACUAUAUAUUUCCAGUUAAUCCAAAUAGUACUACUCAUUAUUAUCUUUGUUAUUACAAGCAUUAUAAUAAUUUUAUUGGACAAAAAGUUGGAACUGUAUAUUUCCGUUUGGAUCCAAUAGAUUCUGCAAGAUCACUUUCACUUGUUAUAUUUCUUAUAAUUUGCCUACCAAUUAUUUGUGUUGGAUUAUUUAUCUGCAUUAAUACAAAACAUAAAACUAAUAGAGAACAACUACAAAGAUUAAUUAUAUGGAAACAUAGGGAACAGAUCCAAAACCAACUGAUGACAUUGUCACUAGAAUGA